UAUUCACACAAUUUUCUUCACAACCAAAAUACCAAAUAGACUCUUUUUUCUCCAUUUCUCUCUCACUAAAAUCACAUACAUGCCUCAGCUCCAAGAAAACAACACCCCAUCAGGGAUCAAACUAUUCGGAGCCACAAUCUCCCCUAGAGAAAAACCACACCCGAAAACCGGCCCCGAACCCGAGAAACCCGACCCGGCACAGGAAAAGCGCGCGGACAAGGUCAUCCCGUGCCCGCGGUGCAAGAGCACGGCGACCAAAUUCUGCUACUUCAACAACUACAACGUCAACCAGCCGCGCCACUUCUGCAAGGGCUGCCAGCGCUACUGGACCGCCGGCGGCACCCUCCGCAAUGUGCCCGUCGGCGCCGGCCGCCGCAAGGCCAAGCCUCCCUGCCUGCAGCCCGACUUCUCUCAUGGCGAUUGCAUGUUCGACCCCGGCUCCGGCGGGCCCCACCACCUUGAUUUCGACGCCAUCGACGAGUGGCGUGAGGCGGAGCACGGGGGAUUCCGGCGUCUUUUCGCCGGGAAGAGGCGGAGAUGCGCCACCAAUAGUCAAAGCUGUUGAUCGCAUCUCUUUUUUUUAGUAUGAAAUAAUUAAUUAAAUAAAUUAGUGAAAAAAAUUAUUUUAUGAAUAUUGCCAGUGGCCUAAGCUUCUUUAAUUAAUUACCGUAUUAAACA